UUUUGUAAAGUAAAAAUAAAUUUUAUUUACAUUUUUUUUUUAACUCAUUACCUCCCUUCCAGAAUCCAGCCCAAUUCCUAUAAAUUCUUUUUCAGAUGAUUUAAUGCUACAGUAUCACAUUAGCACAAAAGAUGAAUCGAUAGAAAAUGAUAAUCUUGUUUAUCCAUUUAAUAAUUUUAAUCAGAGUCUAUUAAUUGAAAUAGCCUAUCAACAUUUACCACCAUCAGGGCUAUCUAUUCCAAUUCCAAGAAUAAUUCAUAAAACAAACUGGAAUAGAAACAGCUUCAAUUCUGAACAUUCCUUACCUAAUGAUAUUAGUCUAAAUGAAUAUGAACAAACGUUUUCGUACAUACGGUGGUAUCAAUUAGAAGAAAGUAUGGUUACAUUUGAUCUGUUGUCCACGCAAACUUUAUAUGAAGAAAUGAAGGAUCUUAUUGAUGAUGAUAAUUCAGAAACCACGUGAUAAUAAAUUGAAACAAUUAUUUUAGUAAAUAAUAAUUUAUUUUAAUAGAUAUUAA